UGUCGUUUGGUAGGCGUCACCUAUUUUGAGUGGUGAUGCGCAGUGGGCGUUGUGUGUGCUGUCUUCGUGGGAGGGAAACAAUCGAUCUGCAAGCUGAAACCUUCCGUUACUAGUAGGACAGUCCUCUGUGUUUAUCCGCUGUGUUCAAAUAUUGUGUAUUUUGGAAUUACUUCUGAAGAAUUUUAAAAAAAUAUGGCUGAUCCAGGAUUUCCAAGUCAGCACGUGACAACAACAGGCACAACAACAGUUACAAAUACAACUGUUUCACCAGUUAUUCGUUUUGAUAAAACUUAUAUCAAGACAACUCCGGGCAUCUUGAAAGUGGCUCAGAUAAUUUUCAAUCUGAUUGGUUUCAUAUGCAUCUCUGUAUCUUACCAGUGGUGGCAGUCACGUGGUGGCUGGUUUAAUACAGUCUCAAUGACAGGAUUCUGGUUCACGGGGAUUAUGCUGCUGUUUUACUUGUUUCACGUCAUUGAGAAGUUCUACAAGGUUCCAUGGCUAAAAAUUGAAUUUGUGUUCUGUGCUGUGUGGACUUUCUUUUACUUAAUUGCUGCUUCUCUGGCUGCUGACUAUGGGAGGCAUGAUGAAGCAUAUGGUGCAGCUGCAUUUUUUGGGUUUGCUGCGAUGGUUGCAUAUGGAGUUGAUGCAUAUCUGAAGUUUGUGGCAGUACGAUCUGGUAGCAUAGCUCAAGGUCAACGAACUGUUCAGAAGACCACAAGCACAGUAACGUCCCCUGCAUAUUAAAAUUACUGAAAGUUUAAAAGACUUUACAACCUCUGUAUGAAGUGUACUGUUAUAUCAAAUGCCUUAUUUAACCAGUUUCUAUUAAUGUUUAACGCAUUUCACUCGUGUUUUGUACUGAAUUAUACAUAUAAUUGUUGCAAUGUAUUUAGAUACCAGAUUUUUUGUGUACCUGGUGUCAUAGUGAUUGCUAAGAUAGUACUGGUUACACUAGAAUAAUUGUAUAUUUUUGUAUGCUAGUUCAGCUGUUGUAUUUAUGUUGGAUAUAAUGUGACUAAUUGUUGAACUUUGUAAACUGAUAUUUUAUUGCUAGUUGUUUCUGGACCAAUCAGCCCACCAAAAAUGUUCAUAAAGUUUUCUCUGGCAACUUUUUGAAGAUUAUCCAUGUUAGUAGACAAGCAAUGAUAAAAACUGUAGCAGUAGGCUUGAUACAUUUUUUGCUGGCUGCCCUGAACAUCAAAAAUGGUUUUAAACAACACGUCCACUAGUCAGUGUAAAGAUAAUAUUCACAAGCCUUUAUGUUAUCACAAGCAUUUUAUACUUAACUGGAAAAUACCAAGUCUUAUUAGAACUGAACUUCUUGAAAAUAUUUCCACGUAACUGUAAAAUAUUCAGUAAUACUUUGCUAGUGUUCGGCAUAAAUUGAAUGUUUAUUAGCAGUAGUUGUUGUGGGGAAACUGUUGUAGUGAAUGCUGGACAUUCCACACAAAAAGGAACAAAUACUUUACGUUAAUGGUUAAACCUUGUUUAAUUUAAAUAUUCAUAAACUAAUCAGGUUUUAUAACCUAUUUUAGAAAUAUUUGUGUACUAUUCAGGAGCAGUUUUUGCUCCUUCACAUAUUUGUAACAUUUGUUGUUCUAUUCUCCUAAUGAGAACUUUUACCUUUUUUCUGUUAAUAAUUGCUCAUGCAGAAGUUCAUUUGUCAUUUAAUAAUUGAAUCUCAAAUCACUUCUUUAACCAGUGUAUUGUGUAAAAGUGUACAGUUGUCAGAAAUAUAUUUUCAGUUAACAUUUUUGGCAGUCAGAUAAAUUUGAUUAUGCUGUCCUUGAAUGGCACUUGUAGUUACUCAUUGAUUGUAAAAAAUAAUGGAAAUUUCCUAUAGUGUAUUGAUUCAUGGAGCACAGUAACACACAAUGGAAAAUGUCAUUUACACUAGCUUUCAAGUACUAGCUCUUUUUGCAGCAAUACUGCGCGCGCACACACACACACACACACACACACACACACACACACACACACACACACACACACACACACACACAACAAAAUCCACACAAACCCAAAUGCACACUUUCAUGGCUGAGCCUUGCUGUGGCCAUAAGAGUGCAUUUUGGGUGCCUGUGUGUUUGUGUUUGGGAAUGUGUAUACUAUAGCUGGAAAAAGAGCUAGUGCCUAAAAGCUAGUGUGAAUGUUGUUUUGUUACUGUGCUUCAUGCAUCGAUCCACUAUAGGUGAGUGGUUGCCUUACACUUAUUUUAUGUAUUCUUCAGUGUACAGUUAGAUAUCCAGUGUUCUGGUUCUUUUAUGAAAUUUUGCUGGUUUUAGAUGAAAGUUGACUACGCAAGUAAUAUUAGUCAGAAGAGCAGGUAUCAAUAGUUGGCAAUUUAUGUACUCCUUAUUUUCUUGUGUAUGUGUUUGUAUUGUACCAUAAUAUACCCUUUAUCAGCUUUCUGCAGUAUGUUCAGAACAUGAAACUGCUCCCACCAAAGCAACGAGAUUAAAGCACCAGAACGUAGCUGUGUAGUAAAAAUUAAAAUCUACUUGUCUGAAUGUGAUUUGACGUAAUGAACAGAGCAGUUUCCUGUUCAAAUAACUGUUCUUUGCCACUUAUGAUGCAGAAGGAAGUUUGAGCUGUGGUCAAGAAAGAUGAAUUGAUAUUUUAUGCUUGCUUCAGAGUAAAAAGCUACCACUUUUGUUAAAAUUUUAACACUUAAUUCGAGUAUACAGCAACAGUUCCUUCUUUUGAGAUCUCUGAAGGAAGAAAACGAUAAAGAAGAGUUGUUAACUAUGUUCUUCAUUGAUCUGUUGUCUUGAAAGCAAAAGCUUUUUCUUAAGAUAUAUUUGCUUGACCAUGUUUGUUCAAAUCCAUGAAAAGUGGACCCAAAUUGAACAGUAAUUCUGAUCAAUAUGUAUGGAAAAUGUUUUCUAAAAAUUUACUUCAUAAUUUCAAGAUGUACCUUACUGAACAUAUUUGAUGAUAAAUAGUUUUUCAGAACACAAAUUACUACUACUACUACUACUACUACUACUACUACUUGGGAGGGGGGGGGGGGAAGAGAGAUUAUCUGGGAGGCAUAAGAAAGAACUGGAAAGGGAAAGGAUUGUUGAGAAUAUACAUCUAUAAAACUCUCUCUCUCUCUCUCUCUCUCUCUCUCUCUCUCUCUCUCUCUCUCUCUCUCUCUCUCUCUCUCUCUUGUUGUCAUUGAUUCUGACAAGCAGCUUCACAAUUUCCAAGCUCUGAAUUUGUUUCAUUCAGCCACUGCUUGUCACUAUUACAUUAACUGAUGCUCUCUCUGCAAUUAGUGAUUAAAUAGCUAUUAUCCACAAGCGUAUAAGAUUAUUCGUGGUAUAUCAUAACCCCCAGGUAUAAUAUAUUUACAGUUUGUAUUAUUGUCUUUGUGGACUGGUUGUUUGUUAGAUACUAAGUUUGAAAGAACAAAUCUGGACAACAGCAUAUCAUAUAACUAAUCAUAAUAAGUGUUAACUACACGUGUAAAGAGUAGUGUUGGCACAUUAGAAAUGCCUUUAGUCUCCUUAAGGAGGAUUGAGUCUGACACAUUGUAUGUCAUGUAGUAGUUUGUGUGUAUGUAUGUCUGUGUCAAAGUACAACUACAAUAGAUUGUGUACGUUAACUAAUAUGCUAGCUGUUGUAAAAUGUUAUAUGUAUGUCCGCAUGAAGAAAAUACAGGCAGCUACAUUUACAUAUUAGAAAUUUGGGACCAUUGUUGAUCAAAGUUUAUAAGGUUGUUCGUAGAGCAGUAAAAGUUGUAUUCUCUUUACAUAAAGACCAUCUUCUGUUGUGUUAAUAACUUAUUGCUUGCCAUUUUAAAGUUUAUAUAGAAGUUGUGAUUUUUGAGGAUUUGUUGUUGAACUUUAUUGAUAGUUUUGUGACUAGUAACAUUGAUAAAUACAGUAAAUUAUAACAA